UUCAUACUUUUUGCAACCCACAAGAAGACCUGACCAGACUUGAAUGUGUGCAUCGUGUGUAUGAACCUAAAUUGUGGCUCUUCUGCUUGCACUAAUGCCUCUAAUGACCCUUCAGUGCACUAAAGAGGAUCUGUGAAAUUGGAAUGUGUAUCACUGUAUCUGACUCUUAGGGGGAAGCGAUGCCAGGAGGAGGUAAGACAAACAGACAGACAAAUAAGAGGGAAGUGAAUGCAAGACAGCCAGUCUUCAUCAAGUCUCAUCAUGAUCGUUCUCUGUGUGUGUGUGUUUUUGUUGCCGGUGUGUUUUUCUCAUCCUCUGGCUGGCUGGGUGAGUUCUCCUGGUCACCCAGGCGGAUAUGAACCUCACAGUCAAAUGAUGUGGGAACGUUGCGCUCCAGCCGGAAACAUACUUACUCUCUCCAUCAUCCACCUGGACCUAGAGGACAGCUACCAGUGUGAAAAUGAUGCAGUCAAGGUCUUUGCUGACAGUCUUCUCCUCAAAACUUUGUGUGGCAGAAUGUCAACUGAGCAGCUGCAGUCCCGUGUCAAUCCCUCACUCCACUCGUCCCCCGGAGGCUGUCUCUCUCUCACCUUUGAGGCUGACUACUCCAACACAGAGAGACACACAGGCUUCAGGGCCUUCUACACAGUUCAGGAUGUGGAUGAGUGUUGGGACAGUGAUCUGCAGUGUUCUCAUUUCUGCCAUAACUACAUCGGAGGAUACAGCUGCAGCUGUAAACCAGGAUACCACCUCAGUGAAGACCAGCACACCUGCAUCGUGAACUGUACAGAGGAGCGCUUUGGGGAGGGUGUACUGACGCCUCCGGGCAGUCCUGGUCCAUACUUCGAGAACGCUCACUGCUCCUACACGCUGACUGUGGACGAAGGGGAGCAGCUCAUACUGAGCUUCAUUGGGGAGUUUGAUGUGGAGAGCAGAGAUGGGCAAUGUGUCGACUCAUUAACAAUAAAGACGGACUCUGCCACUUUUGGACCCUUUUGUGGGCAGGAGGCACCCGCUCCCAUUAACAUUGCUGCUCGACGCAUUCAGGUUCUCUUCCGUACAGACCAGGGAGGAACCAACCAGGGCUUCUCACUCAGCUACAACACCAAACUGAUGGAGUGUCCUGGAAAAGUGACGGCCAACUCCUUUCUGUCACCUCAGAAAAGUGUGUAUACAAUGGGAGACACAGUCACUGUACAGUGCGUGGAAGGAUAUAGUGUGGACAGUGCUACUAAGAAAACUUUUGAGUCUACUUGUCAAAAGAGCGGAAAGUGGAGUCCUGUCUACAGCUGUGAACUGGUGGACUGUGGGAUUCCUGAGAUUGCAGAUCCAGAUCUGAUAGCCCUAACAGAGGAGAGUCCACUUACAACAUACAAGCAAAACAUCAGCUUCAAGUGUCUAUCAGAGUACUACAAGCUGGAUGGACACGCUAGUUUCACCUGCAAUGCUAGUGGACAGUGGGAAUCAAAUGGACACAUUCUUUCUCCUCAGGUGGAUUUGCCCAGAUGUAUUCCAGUAUGUGGCAUGAAUAAACAGACCUUUUCUGCUGGAAGGGUUUUUGGAGGACAGGAUGCUAAACUGGGACAGAUUCCCUGGCAGCUUCUGACAAAACAACCGAAUCGAGGAGGUGCCUCUCUAAUUAGUGAUCGCUGGGCUGUUACAGCAGCUCAUGUUGUGGCUGGACAGGAAACAAAAACACUGCUGUUCUAUGGAGGAAUGAUUGACGGCCUAGACCAAAAUGCAACUAAAAUGGAAACUGAGAAGAUUGUAAUUCAUCCAGGCUAUAAAGUGGAGAGCCCAGUGCAAACAAACUAUGAUAAUGACAUUGCUCUAGUGAAGAUGUCUGCGAGAGUGCCACUCAGUACCAAUGUCACGCCAGUGUGUCUGCCAGAGAAAUCAAACGGGCCGGUGAUGGAGGGAAAGUCAGGAACAGUCUCAGGGUUUGGAGGAACAUCGAAGACUCCUUUAAGGAGUAGAUUUUUGCAGCAUGGUCCUGUGAAAGAAUAUUCAGAAGUUCCUUGUUUUAGCACCACUCUGAAGGUCACUGAUAAUAUGUUCUGUGCUGGAGGAGAUGAUGAAGAUGUGGAUACCUGUAAAGGUGACAGUGGUGGGCCACUGAUCAUUCCACUGUUGGGAAGAGGGUCUCCAGAAACACCCUACCGACUCAAAGGUAUCGUGUCAUGGGGUCCUGCUAAAUGUGGAGAUAAAAACUUUAAAGGCUAUUACACCAAAGUGGAGAACUACCUGGACUGGAUCAGAGAAACCAUGGAGAACAACUAACACCAGCUUCAUUAAUCAUUAGAUUAGAUACUUUAGAUAAACAUUAGAUUAGAACAUUAGAUACGAGUCCAUGUAAUUUUAUUCCUUUUGUUUCUUUUUCAGGUAGGAUUGAUGGGUAGAUGUUUUGAUGUUAAUAAUGUGUAAUUAUGAGUGUCGAAACACAGGUUAAACCAUACUACUUACAAAAAUAUAAUAAAAUAUAUAAUAAAAGAAAUUAUAUUCUUUUAGAAUUUGACUCAGUGUGUUCAAACAGGCCCAGAAUGCAACAAUUGAUUAUAGGAAAUGUGUUUACUUGUUUUUACUUCCUGUUGUUGUAUGUUAUAUAUGUCCUUUUAACAUGCAAAUAUUUCUAUCAAUUCUAUCAAUUUCUAUCAAUACACCAGACGUGCCACGUAGAGCACUAAAUAAGCACCAGGUUCAAGUUCAUCUUUAUGCUCUACUCAUAUUCAUUUAAUGAAAUAAAACAUUGAGCAUCACUUAUCA